AUGGCGACUCCCAGUGAGAGUGCUGAAAGCACUUUGAGAAAAAGAUAUGUAGAAAUAUCGAAGAGAGCGACCCAAAUGAGGAAGAUUAUUGGUUACAUUGCAAACCGUGACUUACUGGCUCACUCGAGUUGUGCUUCUAGUUCCAUUGCGCUCAUCUAUUGUAAGUUAGUGUGACAAAUUCUGGCAAUGUAGCGAGUUAUGAUGCACUGGCUCCCAGACCAUCUUCUAUGUAGUUACAAUCGAUAUGUCUGCCUUUGCCUACACCCCCUCUAUCGUGUGGUUCCUGGAUGGACAUGGAUGGCAUCGCUCUGGUGGGGAUGGCGCUGUCAGGCCAUGCUGUGGGUGCUCUACCACUCUCUGGUCAGCGUGGAUCAGAAAUGGUGAGUGAUGGGUUGGAACACACACAUACUGUUGUCUGUCUGCCGUGUGUGGUAGGGUUUAGUUUACAGGGUUGUGUCUGGGUCAGUGGGAGGAGGACCCAGUAGUGAGUGCGAGAACAUGUGGAUGGGGCCUCUGUUGUGGCUACAAGAGUUCAGUCUCAUCUGUGGGAGGGCUGGACUGUGCAGCAAUGAUAGACAGACAAACACAUGGCCGCCCUCCCUCAUUCUCUCAGCUCUCUUGAAGUACUCGCUGGAUCUGAAGAAGAUGAAGACGGUAGACAACUAG